AUGACAUGUUUCCCAACAGCGACAUGUUCAGUAGAGCUGCACGUUAUGUGCGUGAUUAUGCCGUCACAGUUUCAGCCAGCCACAUUUACACCACAUUCAUCAACGAUCUUCGAGCGCAUCCUCAAGGCUACCCCCGAGGACCCCAUCCUCAGCGUGUCUGGCAAGCUGAGUAGACAUCUUAAUCAUUCAAUUGCUCCAAGUUAUGCCCGCGAGCUUGAUGCAAGCAGUCUCCGCGCAUUCAAGGAGGCAUUCCUGUUGAUAUUGGCGAAAUCUGCCCAAGCAAAAGGAGAUGCGCGAUCAGGCGAUUGA